AUGAAAAACUUGAAUGUUAUCGUUAAGGGAAACCAUCAAGUGAAUGAAGAGAAGCCUCCACCACGAGUGUGUCCAAGGUGUAGCUCAGACAACACCAAGUUCUGUUUCUACAACAACUAUAGAGUGUCUCAACCUCGCUACCACUGCAGGAACUGUCGCCGAUUCUGGACUCAUGGUGGAGCUUUAAGGGACAUACCAAUUGGUGGAAGGGCCCGCAAAAUCAAGCGUAAAGGGAUAGAUCAGCCAUCUGUUUCUCAGGUGGUUUCUGUUGUCCAACAGGUUAAUAAUCAUCAACCUUUCUCACAUGCUCAAGAAACCAACGAGUUUCUUGGAACUUUUGGUGGCUCUUCUUCUUCUGUUGCUGUUGUUGGGAACCAUUUCAGUUCUUCGACUGGAUCUAAUGGUGUUAUGGUGCCUCCAAUUCGAAGUAUUCCACCAAUGGAUGGCUUUGAUGGAUCGUUCAACCAAGGUUAUUACGGUGCUGGAUUCAAUGAUUUGGUUGGCAAUCCUUUGAUGAACCAAUCAUUUGGUGGACAUGUUGGUAACUAUAGCAGUUACUUCGUGAAUCAAGAGGAUAAACAAGGGAAACCAAAGCUUCAACAACAGCAUGAACAUGAAUCAUAA